AUGCGGGAGGUCAAUUUCAGCAUUCCGAACGUCAACAAGGCGUCAGUUCAUAUCACGACCACGCUGUAUGAUCGCAGGGCACUUGAUUGUACUUCGACACUACCUCUUAUAAAUUCUCUUAACCAUCUGGCAUACCUCACCACAUCCUCCGCACGCAUUCGAGAUAUUCUGGUGCUCGAUGGAGGCGUGGAACGCCUGAUCUGUAUCCUCAAGGAGGGCAGGAGCAAGGAUGUGAUGGAUAUGUGGAAAUGGAACCUGGCGUUUCAAUGUGUUGUCAACAUUGGAGUCCGUGGAUCGGAACAAGUCCGGACUAGGGUUGUCGAAGCUGAUAUGGUGCCGGUCAUCGCCACAAUCCUCGACAACUACAUACAGGUAAUCGAGAAGCAGAGAGCCAAAGCUGAUGUAGAACAAGCUCACCGCAAUGCGGCAAGAUAUGGUCCGAGUUCGAAGACCACUCCGAAUUCUCGCUCUCAACCCUAUGCAUUGGACCAACCUAAUAGUAUUUCUGAAAAUCGGCAGUCUCGAAGGCAACCUCCUCCCCCUUCUCUCGAAAUUCCUCAACCUUUCACUCAGACUCAGUAUCCUGCAGACGAUAGCGCUAUGGAGAUUACGCCUACCAGACACACCAUCCUAACAUCGCCGCCCGAGCGCACCACGUUUCCACGGCCACAACUUCAUCACCACCAUCGAAGCCACGAUGGUCGCAAUAUACACCAACGAAAUCAUACCUUGCAACCAUUAGCAACCGCUGUGCCCUCGAUGGAUGCUACUGAUGGGUUUGAGAUCCGCCCUGUAAGGGAUGUGGAUAGGCUACCUUCUAUGCUCCCUCCACUCCAGGCAGGCAACCAUUCUCAACCCGAGUCUCCAACGACUCCAUCAGCACCUUCUCAGCAGCGGGGCUUGCCAAUCUCCACACACCGCCGACCUCGACGACCCUCUAUCCGUCAGCAAAGAUCGACUUAUGCUGACUCGGAUGACGCGAUUGGCGAUGAGUCUGCCAUCAGCGGAGACGAUGGAAAUGGUCCUGAAAAUGUGCAACCUGCCGUGCAGAUGCAGGCUGGGGUGUCACUGGCCAAUGUCGAGGAUGAUGAUACAUCGCUCGAUGGAGAGAACGCGCCCUUGACUUUGACUAUCCCUGACGAGUCAGAACCACAGGAAACGGAAACAUUCAAUAUCACGCAUCGAACCGCUAUGGAUGGCAGCAUUAUCAACACCAAUGUUACACCGGUCAACGGACCAAUCACAUACUCACCGGUACCUCCAGCUCCUCCGGUCAAUAUGGCUUCACCCGCUCUGAACAUGAAUGCAUAUCCCAACCUCUUACGCAAUCCCUCAACGUCACCCAGCAUACAGGCUACGCAACCUCGUGAUGAAGAUGUCCUCAUGUCACUCCAGCUCCUUGCGUAUGUAUCCAAAUACUGCAACCUUCGACCAUAUUUCCAGGCCACUCAUCUCGUUCCGAGAUUGAGGCUCAAUCCGGAGGCUCAAUCCCGGGAGGACGACAGCGGCGCUAACCCGUCCCUCAAGAACGAGGAUGAUCCAGAUGAGGAAUACUUGCAGCCAGACGAUUUCAACACCUUCCCAUUGGUGGAGAAAUUCACCGUUCGCCAUCAUUCCAAAGAUAUGCAGUAUUGGGCUUGUGUGGUGAUGAGAAAUCUUUGCCGCAAAGACGAUUCGCGAGGCGGUAUCCGUCAAUGUGCCUACUUCGCUUGUGGGAAAUGGGAGGAAUUCACGCGACAGUUUGCUAAAUGCCGUCGAUGCCGGCGGACAAAAUACUGCAGCAAAGAUUGCCAGAAAAAUGCAUGGGUCUAUCAUCGCCAUUGGUGUUCCUGA